GAAGUAAGCCAGGUUUCCCGCACGUUGUGGGUCAUAGAAAUAUAUUUUUUCAUUGGUGUAGUGUGACUCCAGAGUGUUAGGACGCAGAAUCCUUGAACAAAACCACACACAAGUAAAAAACAACAACAAACCAACCACCAAUUAUUUUUGAAGGCGUUUGAUGAAAGAACUUAACGAAGGUGAGUAGAGAUUAACUUUAAUGGUGAGUAGAGAUUUAGUUUGAAGGUGAGUAGAGAUUUAGUUUGAAGGUGAGUAGAGAUUUAGUUUGAAGGUGAGUAGAGAUUUAGUUUGAAGGUGAGUAGAGAUUUAGUUUGAAGGUGAGUAGAGAUUUAGUUUGUAGGUAGGUAUAGAUUUAGUUUGAAGGUGAGUAGAAAUUUAGUUUGAAGGUAGGUAGAGAUUUGGUUUGAAGGUGAGUAGAGAUUUAGUUUGAAGGUGAGUAGCGGGUUAGUUUGAAGGUGAGUAGAGAUUUAGUUUGAAGGUGAGUAGAGAUUUAGUUUGAAGGUGAGUAGAGAGUUAGUUUGAAGGUGAGUAGAGAUUUAGUUUGGAGGUGAGUAGAGAUUAAGUUUGAAGGUGAGUAGACAUUUAGUUUGAUGGUGAGUAGAGAUUGAGUUUGGAGGUGAGAAGAGAUUGAGUUUAGAGGUGAGUAGAGAUUUAGUUUGGAGGUGAGUAGAGAUUUAGUUUGGAGGUGAGUAGAGAUUUAGUUUGAAGGUGAGUAGAGAUUUGGUUUGAAGGUGAGUAGAGAUUUAGUUUGGAUGUGAGUAGAGAUUUAGUUUAGAGGCGAGUAGAGAUUUAGUUUGGAGGUGAGUAGAGAUUUGGUUUGGAGGUGAGUAGAAAUUUAGUUUGAAGGUGAGUAGAGAUUUAGUUUGAUUAUGAGUAGAGAUUUAGUUUGGAGGUGAGUAGAGAUUUAGUUUAGAGGUGAGUAGAGAUUUAGUUUGGAGGUGAGUAGAGAUUUGGUUUGGAGGUGAGUAGAGAUUUAGUUUGGAGGUGAGUAGAGAUUUAGUUUGGAGGUGAGUAGAGAUUUAGUUUCAAGGUAUGUAUUUUGUUGUUAUGGAAUCAGUUGGAGAGAGCCCUUAGCCUAAGGGGGCGAUUUAAAUAUAUAUAUAUAUAUAUAUAUAUAUAUAUAUAUAUAUAUAUAUAUAUAUAUAUAUAUAUAUAUAUAUAUAUAUAUAUAUAUUUAGGGGGGCCACUUUCGGCCAUAUGCUGAUUUUAUAUUUUAUUGGACUGGGUGCGGAAUUAAUACACCCCCCAACCAUACUAGCUCUAAACUAAAUGAUGUAUUAAAUAAAAUUGGCUGCCUGCAAACUGUGCAAAAAAGCUAUGUUUAUAUUUUUGGGGUAAUAGUUUUUGAACAAAUAAGUAGGUCAACACAAGUAAUUCUGUCUGUGUCACUGUUUGAAUCAAACAUGUUAAUGCAGUACAACGACUAACAUGAUUACCUCUCCCGACAGCUCUUAAAGGUCAUAUAUAUAUAUAUAUAGUCCAAACUGAUAGUUAGAAUGGUAGGCCUACUUGGCAGUUGAAAGUAAUUUUUGCCUUGAUUAUGGCUGUUUCGCUCCAGCUGUGGUGAUGACAAACUUUUUUUAUACGACUAUACGAACUAAGCUAACUAUACUAACUAUAGGCCUACUGACUAAACUAACUAUAAAAACUAGACUAACUAAACUAACUGUACUAACUAAGCUAACUAUAAUUGUAUAACUAUAACAACUAUGAUAACUAAAUUAACUAUAAUAACUAGACUAGCUAAACUAACAAUACUAACAAUACUAACUGUACUAACUAAACUAAAUGUACUGACUAAACUAACUGUACUAACUCAAAUAACUAUACUAACUACAAAGAGCCGUCAAGAGACUUCUGAAGGGUCCCUGCCACUUUUCUGUUUUGUGACGCCCCAUCCCCCCACCCCCCACAUACAAACUAUUAGUUAUUAUUUUAAACUUUUCUACAUGACAAAUAAAUUGUUAACAUUUUUAUAUCAUUUGUUAAAAGAGUAGCAAAUAGCCAAAUUCUCAACGAUAAAAAUUAUUGAACUAGGGGAACCAUUGAAAUAUCUCUAGGCUCCGUAUAUGUGAAGAUCUAAAUUUGGAGACGCCAUCUGAUUCUACAAACAGUAUUGUUCCGAAUGUAGACAGCCAAUGAUUUUAAGCCACACACUGACUUCUAGUUGUUCACAUAUUAUAGUGAUAUAGCGGUAAUUUUAUUUAUUUAUAUAUUUUUUAGUUAUUUUAUUUUUAUUUAUUUUUUUUUUUUUUUUUGGGGGGGGGGGGGUGAUUUUUUUUUUUUUUUUUUUUUUUUUUUUUUUUUUUUUUUUUUUUUUUUUUUUUUUUUUGGGGGGGGGGGGGCAAUAUUUCUUGUUUUUAAAGACUUACAUUAUGGGAAAAGUGAGGCAUUUGAAUUUAGCGAAAAAUUUUCGGAUCCCCCCCCCCUCACCUACUCUUUAGUUCGGCAGUUUUUUUUUUUUUUUUUUUUUUUUUUUUUUUUUUUUUUUUUUUUUUUUUUUUUUGGGGGGGGGGGGGGGCAAUAUUUCUUGUUUUUAAAGACUUACAUUAUGGGAAAAGUGAGGCAUUUGAAUUUAGCGAAAAAUUUUCGGAUCCCCCCCCCCUCACCUACUCUUUAGUUCGGCAGCCAUCAGUGCCCUCGACCUCUACCCCACCCACUUUUAUUUAACCGAUAAAAAUGACAGUACCGGCACCUUUCCUACUUAAAAAAAAUGUAAACAAAAAGCAACAUUGGAUAUUAGUAAUUAACAUUAGUUUCUUAAACUGAUGCAACCUACCCCACCCGUAUUUUAUGAUUACUUUAAAAACCACCAAUUACCAAGGCAAAGGGGCAUCUAGUUUGAGUUUGGCCUGGAUCAGUGGUUCCCAGAGCUCGUAGUAUUUUCAGAUUGACUGAUUCAUUUUAUUUUUAGUUUGUUAUCAUAACUUAAUUUAAUGUGCAAAAAAUGAUAUGCCUAAUAGAUGGCGUUAUUUUCAAAGCUGGGAUGGUCCUGUUUCCCGUUUAAUGCUGAAUUCAUUAUUAUUGCUUUUAAAUUAACAUUAAUUAAAAGUUCCUUCAUAUGUUGCUCUCUUACAUUUUAUCGUGAUAUCUUCCUUAAGGAUCAUAAAGAAUAUUGUCCUGAAUAAUAUUUAUAAAAGGGUAAGGCGUGGUGUGCUAGAGAUAAUUUAUGAACCACUGGUCUAGCUCAGGCCUGCACAACAUAUGGCCCGCGGGCCGAAUGCGGCCCGCCAGCUCCAUGUUGAGGCCCGUGAAGUAACGAACUAUUCUUUAUCAUUUUGUUAUUAAUAGCUUUCUCCCCGUCCUAUUUUCUUUCGGCCCGCUCAAGUCUUUCAUAAAGUAUUACGGCCCGCCUUACAUUUUGAGUUGUGCACUCCUGCCUGGUCUAGAUACAUCAAUUCACAGAGAAGCCUAUAUUAAUAUUUGUAAUUUUAUUUACAUAUAUUUAAAGAAAGCAACGGGGACUCUAUCCCAUCCAGACCAUCUGUCAUUAUUGCACACGAUAACAAAAGGAUUGAGGAUGUUACUGAAAAUGAUUGUGUUGUCAAGGCUUAUUGUCAUUGAUGUACGCAUUGUUGUGUUUUCCAGUCAUAUUGUCAUUGAUGUACACACGGUUGUACUGUCAAGGCAUAUUAUCAUUGAUGUACACACGGUUGUACUGUCAAGGCAUAUUGUCAUUGAUGUACACAUGAUUGUGUUUUCAUUUAGUCCAAAUAGUCGUGCAUUUCAUACUGUUUUCCAUUUAUUUAUCAAACUGCCAUGAAGUAAUUUUUUUUGUUACAAUUUUUUUUUAUCCUCAGACUAAUUAAGAAAUGAGGCAAUUAGCAUUCAUCCUGAUGGUCUUGACGUUGGUAGGAGCAGUCAACUCUGUCAAUCCUGGAUUCAAAAUGAGGCUAACGAAAAAGGGCGUGGACUAUGGUAAGGCGAUGAUUGUGCUGAGUUAUCACAGUUAAUAGAAUCAUUCAUAUUCUAUGCCGCUAUUUUAAAACAAGAAAUGGACGUUCCAUUUGUAUACUAUACUGAUUUAUCUCUUGACAAAUUUCACUUAAAUUAACGUCACCCUGAAAAUUAAAUGCGAAAAUUAAUUAAAAGCGAAUUUUCCAGUUAGCGUCUUCUUUUAAAAACAUUUUCAGUUAACGACAUAGCACAGACAGCGAUUGACACACAGCUACAAAAGCUCGACCUACCGGAUCAGUCGGGUGUCAAAGGAUCAAUGUCCUGGAGUCUAACAAAGUAAGGGUGCCCUAGAAAUGGUGUGCACCUCUGUGGAGUAUUUAGAUUUAAGUUACUUUAAAGCUAAUAUUUGUCAAGCAUUAGACAGCUCGAUGCUCUAGUAAUGCCAUGUAUUUUUCAGGCAUUAGACGGCUAGGUUCACUAGUGAGAACAAAUAUUUGUCAAGCAUUAUUACAGCUUGGCGCACUAGUGAUGCCAAGAAAAUUACAUUAAGCCACUCAAUUGACCAAGCACUGAAAUAGCUGAUAAAAAAAUGAAAGACGAGUUUGUGUGUAUUCGUUGCUGUUUAAAGUGUGCAGUGGUUGCUGUUGAACGUCUGUUGCUGUUGUCGCUGUCGUGUUAGACUGGCGUAGAAAAGUGGCGGCUCACCGUGUCACUGCAGUGUUCUUCUGGCGCUGCCUGCACAUUUUCAUGACACGCGUUGUUGGCAUGAGAAUGAGAUAAACAUCCGUCUGCGGUAGACAUCAAAGUAAUGACUGUAUUUACCACUACAUUGAAGGUUUUUUGGUGAUAUAGAGUAAUGUGAUGGGAAUCUAUUUUUAUGAACAAAUUAAAUUUAAUUUUAAAUUUAAAAAAAAAAAAAAAAAAAACAGAGUAAAACCCACAGAUAAAAAAGACUUUAAAAAAAAGCAUUUUGAAUUAAUUGUUCCUUGUAUUCUGUGCACAUUAUUUUUGUCUUGUCAUUUUUUUUUCUUUUUAAAUUUUAAAUUUAACAGCAUCCAAAGAACAGGUUUGAGCCUACCCAAGAGUAGUAUGACCUUUGACCCCGUCAAGGGUGGACUAACCUGGGCCUUAUCGAAUUUCGGCCUUGACCUUUCAACAAACUGGUGGUUGAGCUAUAAGAAAGGCUGGUCAGUGAUAUUUUAACUAAAUUCUUUCUGCUUUCAUUGAUGCUAAGUAAAUCUGUGGUACACGGGUCCACACGACCCUAUUUCGACCCAUUCUUAGAGCUUCCAGCCAAUGGCACCAAACGUCCAUAACAUUCUGCUGGCAGUGCAGGGAUCAGAGCGAAUGAGACUUUUGGCGGCGGGGAGAGGGAAGCUGGGGGAGUUAGUUAACCUUAAGAGGAUUCCACCAACCCUUACCCACCUCCAACCCCCCCUUUUGACACAUAUAAAUGACCGAUAUCUAAACCAACCAAAACAAAGGUACGGUCCUGAAUUUAGUCCUUCCGGGAAAGAGUAACUCUAAUCCUGGUACGACUCAACAUCUUUUUUUUAAAAAUAUGUAUAAGUAUAUAUAUAUAUAUAUAUAUAAUUAAAUAAUAAUAACAAUAAAAUAACAAUAAUAAUAAUGAAAAUAUUAAAAAGGUAAAGCUCCUUCAGAAGAAGGGGAAAAAAUCACAGUUCCGAUGUGUUUGAUAAAACUCUAAGCGUGUUCUAUAUUCUUGGUAUUCUGUAAGUGUUGUUUAAUAGAACUGCCUGUUUUGACCGCGCGUACACUCUUGUCACCAGGCUGAAGGGCUCCGACAGUGGCAGCGUUGAUGUGGGUGUCAAGCGAUUCAGUGUUUCUAUCACAGCUGGAUUAGGUAAGGUCAAUAGGUCAUCAACCAUUAAAUAGAUCUGGAGGUCACCAACCAUUGAAUAGGUCAAUAGGUCAUCAACCAUUAAAUAGGCCAGGAGGUCAUCAACCAUGAAAUAGGUCAGGAGGUAAUCAACCAUUAAAUAGGUCAGGAGGUCAUGAACCAUUAAUUGGAUCAGGAGGUCAUCAACCAAUAAAUAGGCCAGGAGGUCAUCAACCAUUAAAUAGGCCAGGAGGUCAUCGACCAUUAAAUAGGUCAGGAGGUCAUCAACCAUUAAAUAGGUCAGGAGGUCAUCAACUAUUAAAUAGAUCACCGAGCAACGACAAAACAUUUCCAUUUUUUGAGCAAAUUUAAUUAUUUUCAUCGUCAAUCCUUACUCGUUAAUAGUUAUCGAACUCUUUAGGGAAAAGAUAUUUCAUACCUUAGGAAAUAGACUUCAUCUUUAACAAAGUAAAUGUCAAAAGACAUUCAAAUUUGAUACAUGCAGGCACACAUAUACACAUUUGGCAUUUUACAAUCCUUUAUAGUAACUUCGCUUUUUUUUCGUGUGUUUAAGGUACAAUCUCUUCGGGUGGCUGAUUGACCCACUUCCCGUCAUCCUAUCGAAUUGAAACUUGGCACAUAGACAACACAUUCUUUAUAUGUAAUGUGCGGUGUAAAAGGCUAUUAGGCACCAGAAUAUUAAUAUAGUUCAGGGGCCUGGAAAAAAAAUAGUGCAGUUACCUAUUGGGUGGGGGUAGGGGUUUCAGCACUCAUUGGGAUUCGUUUAAAGUGCAUGUCUUGUCAAGUAACUUCAGUAGUUGGGAAGUUCACGCAUUGACUCUGCCAUUGGCUGGCAGGUUAAAACUAGUAUCUUUGAAAACGACAAAGACAAUAAAAAAUUAAAAAAUAGUCAAAGAAUAAUCUGUUACCAGCAAUAUCUUGCAAACAGUAGUGCUUAUUUGAUUAUUCCCUCCAUUCAUAUGCUCCCAAAUUACCGUGGUAGAACUGACGUGUUCUAAUCUGUUCUGUUCAGAGGCAGAUUCACAGAGGCGUCCCUCCAUCUCCAUUAAAAGCUGUAGCUCGUCCAUCGGGAGCAUUCAGACUAAAUUCCACGGAUCCAUCGCCUUUGUGUUGAAUAUUUUCAAGGGAAUCGUGGAAAAAAAAGUUAAGCAGCUGAUCAAUGAUCAGGUACGUCUUAUUGUACAGGUAUCGAUACACAUUUUGUCUUAGUGCACAUGUAUUGAUAAGCAAUACGUUUUAGUAUACAGGUAUGGAUAAGCAAUAUGUCUUGGCGUACAGGUAGUGAUAAGCAAUAUGUAUUGGUGUACAGGUAUGGAUACCCAACACAGAUCUUUGUGUAGAAACGAAGACGCGCUAUAACUAUAAAAACGGAAGUUAAGCUGUACAAAACCAAAAUGUAACUUUCACAUAAUUCUGUGGCGUGUACCGUGAAGGUAGAAUAAUUUAAGUAUUAUUAAUGGAAAGUUAAUAUUAUUAAACUACCAAAAAAUGAGAAUAGAAAUGGAGAGAAAGUGAGGACUACUUCUAAGAGAAGAUUGGAUUGAUUCCAUGCAGUAAUAUGGUUCCAAAAGUCUGAAUUAAUUUGCUGUCAUUCUUCAAAUAUAUAGCCUUCCAUCACCGCUAGAAAUGUAGCCUAUAUGUAUUCUACAAUCUCUGAAAUUAUGUUGUCAACAUUGAGUUGUAGAAGGUUGGGGGUCACCUGCUCACUAUUUUAAUAUAUAUUUUUUUUAUUGAAUGUGUAUAGAAAUUGUAAGUCAAUAACAAUUAAUUACUUACCUGUGAAUGACCAACGGUCUUGUAAAUGGAGGGGGGGGGGGAAGGUUUUAAUUGUAAUGCAAGAAGCGAAUGUUGAAGCAUUUAAUUGUGUCCCUUUUCAUACAGGUGUGUGAACUCCUGACUUAUUUGAUCGAUCAGGCUGUCCAGGAAAAUUUGAGAGAGAAAGAAGGUGAGUUGUUGGAUUAAAAUGUAAAAAAAAAUUGCAAUAAUGAUUUCUUGGUACAAAAAAAAAGAUGUUUUAAAUAAUUGUCCCCAUUAAUAAGUAGUCCUAAUAACCAAACAUCACAUCACAGACUGCAUUAAUAUGAAGUCCUAAUAACCAAACAUCACAUCACAGACUGAAUUAAUAUGAAGUCCUAAUAACCAAACAUGACAUCACAGACUGCAGGACGCCUUUUCUGUGUUAUACCAUUUUAUAGGGGUCUGAUCUCGAAAGAUUAUCAAUUUAUUUAUUGUGUCAAUAACAGUGUGGUCUAGCGCUAUAGACAGGCUGACUCAUGUCACGACGGUAUCAUCUGACAGGCUGACUCAUUUCACCAUGGUCUCAUAUGACAGGCUGACUCAUUUCACGACGGAUACAUCUGAAAGGAUGACCUAUUUCAAGGCGGUAUCAUCUGACAGACUGACUCAUUUCACGAUGGUCUCAUUUGACAGGCUGACUCGUUUCACGACGGUCUCAUUUGACAGGCUGACUCAUUUUACGGUGGUCAUCCUUAUUCUUAUAAUUUUAAUUGUUUGCCUUAAUAUUCUGUCGUUUCAUUUUUUUUUUUUCUGAUCCCACUUGAAGUGACGUUCGAAAUUGACGACACUUUGGUUGUGGACUUUCGCCUGCUAGCACCGGUCACAUUCGCACCUGACUACAUGGAAAGUCAACACAAGGUAAAGCAAAGAGCGUACUUACUCAGAGGGCAUCUAGGGAUAAUGAAUGGAGUAAUGAUUGGGAUGAUAGAUUGGAUUAUGAAUGGGAUAAUAAACUUGAUAAUGAAUGCGAUGGGAAAUGGGAUAAUAAAUGAAAAAAUGCUUGGGAUAAAGAAUUGGAUAAUUAAUAGGCUAGUCCCAGGCUUCAAAUAAAUCCUGUUUAGGUCAUGUAAUUCCAAUUUGUGUUGGAUGGUGUCACGCUCACAUCACGUGAUAUUGCCACGGUAAGAUCACGUUAUAUUGUUUUGCUGUAUCAUGGCUCGAUUUUGUAUUAUCAUGUGAGCCCUGAGAGUAAUUCUUUUUUUUUCCUUUUAAUCAUGAGUGAACUCAGUGACAUAGAACUAUGCAUUGUGAACCCAGUGACAUAGAACUAAGCAUUGUGAACUCAGUCAAAUAGGACUAUGCAUUGUGAACUCAGUGACAUAGGACUAUGCAUUGGGAACUCAGUGACAUAGAACUAUGCAUUGUGAACUCAGUGACAUAGAACUAUGCAAUGUGAACUCAGUGACAUAGGACAAUGCAUUGUGAACUCAGUGACAUAGAACUAUGCAUUGUGAACUCAGUGACAUAGAACUAUGCAAUGUGAACUCAGUGACAUAGAACUAUGCAUUGUGAACUCAGUGACAUAGAACUAUGCCUUAUGAACUCAGUGACAUAGGACUAUGCAUUGUGAACUCAGUGACAUAGGACUAUGCAUUGUGAACUCAGUGACAUAGAACUAUGCAUUGUGAACUCAGUGACAUAGAACUAUGCAUUGUGAACUCAGUGACAUAGGACUAUGCAUUGUGAACUCAGUGACAUAGAACUAUGCAUUGUGAACUCAGUGACAUAGGACUAUGCAUUGUGAACUCAGUGACAUAGAACUAUGCAUUGUGAACUCAGUGACAUAGGACUAUGCAUUGUGAACUCAGUGACAUAGAACUAUGCAUUGUGAACUCAGUGACAUAGAACUAUGCAUUGUGAACUCAGUGACAUAGGACUAUGCAUUGUGAACUCAGUGACAUAGAACUAUGCAUUGUGAACUCAGUGACAUAGGACUAUGCAUUGUGAACUCAGUGACAUAGGACUAUGCAUUGUGAACUCAGUGACAUAGAACUAUGCAUUGUGAACUCAGUGACAUAGAACUAUGCAUUGUGAACUCAGUGACAUAGGACUAUGCAUUGUGAACUCAGUGACAUAGAACUAUGCAUUGUGAACUCAGUGACAUAGGACUAUGCAUUGUGAACUCAGUGACAUAGAACUAUGCAUUGUGAACUCAGUGACAUAGGACUAUGCAAAUGCUUGAAAACACCAAUGUAAAAGCGUGUACAUUUAAUAAACCUGACAUAAGACAUUUGAGGUGGGUUAGUAGACAAAUCGAGAAUAAUGAUUAUUAUUAUAUCUUUGCUAGGGAUGAAGUUAAUUGUUUUUAUAAAUGGAAGUGAUUGUAGUUCUUGCAGCCUAUUAAGUAAAGACUGUUAGAGGUCAAUUUAACUGUUUUAAAUUGCAUUGAAAAAUCACGAAAUAUUUUUUUUCUGUCAUUUCGAUUCCAUUACACAUGCCUACUUCUAUUUGGAUGUAUACCAAUGUAUACUUGAAUUUCGAUGUAUACCAAUAACUACUUGUUUUUGGAUGUAUACCAAUGUAUACUUGUAUUUGGAUGUAUACCAAUGCAUACUUGAUUUCAAAUGAACUCUGCAUUUUUCCUCUCUAUUCUAACAGGGUGAAGUUUACUGGCGAGAGGAACAGCGGGAGAUCCUGCCCCCACCGGCGCCAAUCUCGGAAUGGACGGACAACAGCAGGAUGCUGUAUCUUUGGCUGACCGAGUAUUCGGCCAACACACUCCUCUACGCGACGUUCAGGCGUGGCCACUUCAAGUACCACCUGACCCACAUGGAUGUAAAACUUACGUCACAUUUCUGUCAAUCUGUUAUAGUGUAACGUUUUAUUUGGAGCACGAUUGUAGCAGAUGCCGGCACCGUGAUUCCUGCAGAUGAUUGGAACCAUGAUUGCUUCAGAUGAUGGGACCAUGAUUGCUGCAGAUGAUGGGACCAUGAUUGUUGCAAAUGAUGGGGACAUGAUUGUUGCAGAUGAUGGGAGUUUGAUUGUUGCAGAUGAUGGGAGCAUGAUUAUUGCAAAUGAUGGUACCAUGAUUGUUGCAGAUGAUGGUGCCAUGAUCGUUACAGAUGAUGGUUCCAUGAUUGUUGCAGAUGAUGGUACCAUGAUUGUUGCAGAUGAAGGGGCCAUGAUUGUUGCAGAUGAAAUGUGUAGUCCGAUGUGGUUGGAUAUUCUAAUAAGAGUUUAACACGAUCCCAUUCGAUCUCAUCGAUCAUUUAAGGACGCAUAAUGGCACAGAUUUUCCAAGUGUAAUGUGAACAUGGCCAGAACACCCCAAAGAAGUUGUUCAAAGACAACACACAGCUACCUGCAAAUCUUGCAGUCUCUGGGUCUCUGAGUCUCUGGGUCUCUGAGUCUCUGGGUCUCUGAAUCUCUGAGUCUCUGGUAUAUGGAUCUCUAGGUAUCUGGGUCUCUGGCUCUCUGGAUCUCUAUGUCUAUGAGUCUCUGCUUUUCUCGUUCUCUCAUUCUCUGUGUCUAUGGGUCUCUGGAUCUCCUGGUCUCUAAGGCUCUUGUUCUCUGGAUUUCUAUGUCUCUGGAUCUAUAUGUCUCUGGAUCUCUAUGUCUCUGGAUCACCAUGUCUCUGGAUCUCUAGGUCUCUGAGUCUCUGCUUUUCUCGUUGCCUCGUUCUCUUUGUCUGUGGGUCUCUUAGUCUCUUGGUCUCUGUUUCUCUGAGUCUCUGUUUCUCUGAGUCUCUGAGUCUCUGGUUCUCUAAGUCUCUGUGUCUCUAGUUCUCUGGGUCUCGCUUGAUUACCUUAAUACCGCAAUUAUUUCCAAGCAGAUGCCUUGUGGCUCUUAUUUACUUAGAUUUUUUGUCUACUCAACAGUUAUUUCCUGAUUACAGCUCUCUCUUGGACACGACCUGUGACCCUGGUCCCUGCAUUGGCUCACUCAUACCCCAGGUCAGGAAAACCACGGUUAACUCUUUGAUAUUUAAAUGCGUUAUUUUAAUGUAUUCACGACAGAAUCUUUUUUUGUUAUCUCAUAGCUUUAGACAGAAAUGUGUGGUAAAGAUUAACAAUAAUAUAAACAUUUUCAAAAAUCUAGUGACAUUAUUGGCGUAAAUUUUAUUGCAUAAGCUCAAUAUAGGAAGUUGACAAACGAAUAUAUUGAUUUUUAACUCCGCAUUAAAUUUGAAAUUUUAUUUACACGUAUUUAAAAAAAGAGAAGAUGGUGGUAAGAAACAAUGAAUCAUAGUAAGUAUAGUUACUUUUAUUUAAAAAAAUAAUUCAAAGAGCUUCUAAUCAAGUGCAAAAUAAAGAUUGUGCCUGAACAUUGGAAACAUAGUUAUAACAUUUCCAUAACAUGGUCAUAACUUGUUCAUAACAUAGUCAUAACAUAGUCAUAACAUAGUCAUUACAUGGUCAUAAUAUAGUCAUAACAUAUUCAUAACAUGGUCAUAACACACUCAUAACAUAGUCAUAACAUGGUCAUAACAUGGUCAUCAUAUGGUCAUAACGUGGUCAUAACAUAGUCAUAACAUAGUCAUAAAAUGGUCAAAACAUAGUCAUAACAUAGUAGUAAUAUAGUCAUAACAUAUUCAUAACAUGGUCAUAAUAUAGUCAUAAUAAAAUCAUAACAUAUUCAUAACAUGGUCAUAACACAGUCAUAACAUAGUCAUAACAUAGUCAUAACAUGGUAAUAACAUAGUCAUAACAUAGUCAUAACUUGUUCAUAACAUAGUCAUAACAUGGUCAUCAUAUGGUCAUAACAUGGUCAAAACAUAGUCAUAACAUAGUCAUAACAUAGUCAUAACAUAGUCAUAACAUAGUCAUAAUAUGGUCAUAACAUUGUCAUAACAUGGUAAUAAUAUUGUUAUAAUAUGGUCAUAGCAUGGUCAUAACAUGGUCAUAACAUGGUCAUAACAUGGUCAUAACAUGGUCAUAACAUGGUCAUAACAUGGUCAUAACAUGGUCAUAACAUGGUCAUAACAUGGUCAUAACAUGGUCAUAACAUGGUCAUAACAUAGUCAUAACUUUUUUCAUAACAUAGUCAUAACAUGGUCAUCAUAUGGUCAUAACAUGGUCAUAAAAUAGUUAUAACAUAGUCAUAACAUAGUCAUAACAUAGUCAUAACAUGGUCAUAAUAUAGUCAUAAUAUAUUCUUAACAUAUUCAUAACAUGGUCAUAACACAGUCAUAACAUAGUCAUAACAUAGUCAUAAUAUAGUCAUAAAAUGGUCAUAACAUUGUCAUAACAUGGUCAUAACGUUGUCAUAAUAUGGUCAUUACAUGGUCAUAACAUGGUCAUAACAUGGUUAUAACAAGGUCAUAACAUGGUCAUAACAUGGUCAUAACAUGGUCAUAACAUAGUCAUAACAUGGUCAUCUUAUGGUCAUAACAUAGUCAUAACAUCGUCAUAACAUAGUCAUAACAUGGUCAUAACAUAGUUAUAAUAUGGUCAUAACAUAGUCAUUACGUAAUCAUAACAUAGUCAUAACUUGUUCAUAACAUAGUCAUAAUGUAGUCUUAACAUAGUCAUAACAUGGUCAUAACAUAGUUAUAACAUGGUCAUAACAUAGUCAUAACAUAGUCAUAACAUAGUCAUAACAUGGUUAUAACAUGGUCAUAACAUGGUUAUAUCAUAGUCAUAACAUAUGUAUAACAUAGUCAUAACUUGUUCAUAACAUAGUCAUAACAUAGUCAUAAUAUAGUCAUAACAUGGUCAUAACAUAGUUAUUACAUGUUCAUAACAUAGUCAUAAUUUAGUCAUAACAUAGUCAUAAUAUAGUCAUAACAUGUUUAUAACAUAAUCAUAACAGUCCCUCUUCAAAGCCAGACAUUUGGGGUCUCUUGGCCUUACGGCUUAUGGUCAUAACAUAGUCAUAAUAUAGUCAUAAUAUGGUCACACUAUAGUUUUAACAAGGUCAUAUUAUAGUUUUAACAUUGUCAUAAUAUGGUCAUAACAUAGUCAAAACAUGGUCAUAAUAUGUUCAUAAUAUAUUCAUAACAUGGUCAUAAUAUGGUCAAAACAUAGUCAUAACAUAGUCAUAACAUGGUCAUAAACAAUCGCGACUUUCAAUUUAUUUUUGACUUGUCAUUUCUAGUUACUAUAACAUAAAAGCUGUAUCAAUUUUUUUAUCCAGAUAGGUCAAGCUUAUCUUGUAUUAUCUAUGGGUUAUCCAGAUAGGUCAAGCUUAUCUUGUAUUAUCUGUGGGUUUUCCAGAUAGGCCAAGCUUAUCUUAUAUUAUCUGUGGGAUAUCCAGAUAGGCCUAGCUUAUCUUGUAUUUUCUAUGCAUUAUCCAGAUAGGCCAAGUUUAUCUUGUAUUAGCUAUGGUUUAUCCAGAUAGGCCAAGCAUAUCUUGUAUUUUCUAUGGGUUAUCCAGAUAGGCCAAGUUUAUCUUGUAUUAUCUCUGGGUUAUCCAGAUAGGCCAAGCUUAUCUUGUAUUUUCUAUGGGUUAUCCAGAUAGGCCAAGCUUAUCUUGUGUUUUCUAUGGGUUAUCCAGAUAGGCCAAGCGUAUCGUGACUCUAACGUUGAGAUUCGGAUAAUGGCCACAACAGCCCCUCAGGUGAAGAUCACAAGCGAUGGCUUAACACUCAACUUGAUUGGUGACUUGGAUCUGUACGCCGACACAGCCGAUGGCACGGCAGUCUAUCUGCUAACCUUGAGCUUGGUGAGUGUCACAUUUUAAGAUUUUUUUUUUUUUUUUUUUUUUUUUCACUCUUGCAAUAGUUACAAUUAUAAAGAUGACCCUCUAGCACUAUAGUGUGUCUUUGGUUCCAUAUCUGACCAAACAUAAUUACAUAGAUGUAUAUUAUUUUAAGACGUGUUGAAGAAAACCUACAUAAAUUACCAGAGUUUGGUUUCGGGGCCAACAUAUGUGGUCAGAUAAUUUAAAUAGUGAGAAAUUUUAACGAAUUUAGUCAUUUAGACUAAAAAUUCUAAUCCCAAUUAUGUCAUUUAGGCUAAACAUUUUAAUUAUAUCUUAGUCAUUUAGACUAAACAUUCUAAUCCCAAUUUAGUAAUUUAGGCUAAACAUUUUAAUUAUAUCUUAGCCAUUUAGACUAAACAUUCUAAUCCCAAUUUAGUCAUUUAGGCUAAACAUUUUAAUUAUAUCUUAGUCAUUUAGACUAAACAUUCUAAUCCCAAUUUAGUCAUUUAGGCUAAACAUUUUAAUUAUAUCUUAGUCAUUUAGACUAAACAUUCUAAUCCCAAUUUAGUCAUUUAGGCUUAACAUUUUAAUUAUAUGUUAGUCAUUUACACUAAACAUUCUAAUCCCAAGUUAGUCAUUUAGGCUAAUCAUUUUAAUUAUAUCUUAGUCAUUUAGGCUAAACAUUCUAAUCCCAUCUUACUCAGUUAGACUAAACAUUUUAAUCAUAUCGUAAUCAUUUAAGCUAAAAAAAAAAUCAUAUAUUUCUAUUUUGUGUUUACAUUUGAAAUUUGUAAAAACUUCAACGUUUAUAUUUCAGAGCUUGACCCUGACGGUAAAUGUGUCUGUGAGGAACCAAAGGUUAAUAGGGAACAUCACCAACCACAAGUAAGGAAUCCCUGGAAUAGAACGAUUUAUAAAUUGCUAAAAAUAGAACUCUCAGUGUAUGAGUUUGGAGAGUAUGUCUUGUCUUCUCGGGAGGGUUAAGGGGGGGGGGGUAGUGUGGGGGUAGUGUGUACAGUGGCUUGUCCGUGAAUGUAAACACGUGAGCCUGGUUGUGUCAAAAAAACUUGUACAAGGGAAAAUUAUAAGUUCUUUUUUUUUAUUUUUACGAAGAUAACUUUGCUUCAACAACAACAACAAAAGUAUUUUAAAAAUUGUCCCGUGCAAAUCGUCGUAAGCACCUCUUGAUAUCAAUGAGUUUACGAUAAUAAACCGGUGACUACGCCAAAAUGCCGUAUUCAAGACGUGCGGUUAUCUAUCUGAGGAGGUACAACUUACCACAACAUGUAAGGUGCUUUUUUCUCUAUUACCAGAUCCGGUAUUUGUUAAGAACGAACAUUUAUUUCGUAACUAAGAUCGCACUUUUUAUAGUUUAUUUAAUUCUGCUGAUACGUCACACACACACACACACACACCAAUGUUCAUCGUUACCCAACUAAAUUUUAACCCUGGUUUGCCGACCAAAUCACUACCGUAGAUUGUAAUCUGGCAGAUCUAAAGAAAACCUACAUAUUCAAAGAUCCUAUGGAGCACUCAACAUUUUGCUCUGCUUAAACAACCUUUUCCGUCAUUUUUUAAAAUGUCUUUUAUUGUUGCUAAUUCAAAUUAAUCUAAAGAAUGGGAAAAUGUCGUUUAUUGUAGCAAAUUAAAUUAAUCUAAAGAAUGGGAAAAUGUAUUUUAUUGUUGCCCAAUCAAAUUAAUCUAAAGAAUGGGAACAUGUCUUUUAUUGUUGCCCAAUCAAAUUAAUCUAAGGAAUGGGAAGAUGUCGUUAAUUGUUGCCAAAUCAAAUUAAUCUAAAAAAUGGGAAAAUGUCGUUUAUUGCAGCAAAAUUAAAUUAAUCUAAAGAAUGGGAAAAUGUCGUUUAUUGUAGCAAAAUCAAAUUAAUCUAAAGAAUGGGAAAAUGUCUUUUAUUGUUGCCAAAUCAAAUUAAUCAAAUGAACGGGAAAAUGUCGUUUAUUGUUGCCAUAUCAAAUUGUUCUAAAGAAUGGGAAAAUGUCGUUUAUCUCUCUGCAGUCCGACUAUAGAGAAAUGGUACAUAUAAGUACCAUAGAUUUUGUGGGUGGGUUAUUUAUUUUUUAACUUUUUUUUUUAUUGAAAAAAAUUAUUUAUUAUAUUUUAAUAAUUUGUUUCAUUGGUUUAAGUAUUCGUAAAAAAAUUAAAAUUAUUACAAAAUUUGAAAUUACUAUUUUAAAAAAAUAUUUUUUGAAACUUAUUCAGCGCGGAAUAUCCCUUGAAAGCUUCGCAGAUUUCCAAAAAAACAAAAAAUAUAAGUCUCACAAAAAAAAUUAAAUAGUAGUAUGAAUAUUGUCAAAUGAUUUUAAUUUCCCGAUUUAUCAAGGAGUUAUUUGUUUGUCUAAAGCAAUGUAUCCAAAUGGAGACUCUAAUCAUGAAAUUUAUCACGAUUUGCAUAUAAAAGUACCGACUAAUGCUAUCGUAAACAAGUAAGCUUAAUUUUAAUUAUCAUUUCCCGACUUUAAAAUUAAUAAUAAAACAAUAAAGUGAUAAUUUUAUAAUUUUAAUUGGCUGAAGUAUAUAUUAUCCAUUUAUACUUACAUUGAUAUAUUCUAUUUGAAUUAUAUUGAGUUUCAAUAAUUAUAUAAUAAAUAAAUAGCGUCGCUAUGCGAAAUAAAUAUUUUAAAAAAUAGCGGAAAAUUUCGGUCGAUUGGAACUUGCGUAAUUAAAUAAAUUUAAAGUUAAGGACUUCUGAGUUAUUAACUAAAUAUAUUUCUUUAAAAUAUGUUACAGCCAAGAAUAAUCUUCUAAAUUUUCUAAUAUUGCAUAGUAGAAAUGUGUUUAAAUUUAAUUAUCAUUAUCGCUAGUCACUAGUAUUAGUAGAGACUACUGUCGGCAGAAUAAAAAAAAAAACAUUUAUGUUUUUAUUAAAAGCUCUCUAACUCUAUUGGGAAGGAGGAGAGAGAGACAAAAAUGCAGAUAUUGGAUCAAGAAGCCCUUAUUCCUUAUUGAUCCUAAAUAUUAAGCCUGGACUCCACCCUUUUACUGAGUUACAGAGUUACUGGAUGAAUAUCUUUGAAGAUUUUACCCUAAAAACAAGUGGUGGUAAGUUUUAAUCUAAUCACUUGGUAGCAAAAUGCAUAAAGAAUAAACUCACAAUAUUGUUAUAACAUAUGUUAUAAUGUAUUUUCUAUGUACAAUGGUUUACUUUUAUACUAAUUUAGGCACUUGGACUAGGAUUAAUGGUAUUUUCCCUUACUGAUAGCAUACCAUUACUGAUACCAUUAGUGUUAAUUUAUUUAUGAAUCAAUCAAUUUUUUUUUUUCCACAGGUUCUUUAUUGAGUGAAUAUUCUGUGGUGAAAAAUCUUACCUAAUCUUAUGUAGAAAUCAAGUCCAGGACAAGCUCUUAUUUAUCAAAUAUAAUUAUUAUAAUAAAACUGCAGACUGUUUUAAGAAAUAAUAUUUGUUCAGAGUCCAUAAAUAUAAUUAAGGAAUACUGUAGUUUAUCAGCCUGUGUUAUGUGAGGAUUAUAACAAAGAUAUAUAAAAAUGCCGGUACAUGGGAAAAAAUAGAUCACAUUAGUGAGGAAUGGAUUGUAUUUGACAUGUAUAUCAAAAUUAGCAUUAUUGUACUGAUACAUUUUAAUUUUUUUUAACUUUAACAUCAGCGAAUACCGCUAUUUUAAAAUUAUUAAAAAAAAAAUUGACUCUUGUUUUGAGUUAUUUAUAUAUUCAUCAAAUUUUACUUAGUCAUCUUUUACUCAAGAAUUAUUAAGAAAUAUAUUUAAUAUACAAAUCUAUAAGCUAUGAGACCCAUUUUUUUAAAUAUAUUACAUACAAAACAUAAUUUUCAUUAAAAGAAAAAUUAUAGUGCAUUUUUUAGGAAAAAAAGACAAAAUAUAGGUUUUGCUAAAAUGUUGACAACUUUUUGAUUGUUCAUAGAAUUUUUGUCAUGUUUGACUAUGAAUUGUAUAAGUUGAUGAAGUAUUUUAUUUAAAUAAAUUUUAAAUCUUUUAUAACAAGGAUUUUUUUUUUCCUUCAUACUGUGUAAAGAUUUGGUCAAAUUUUAGCAUAAAAUGAAAAAAAAUAAUUCUCCAAUAAUGUUUCAAUUAUUUUUAUAACUAAGAAAAUAAAAUAUACAAAAAAUAUCUUAUGAUAGCUGAGUCAAAGAUGAACAAGUUAAUAUAUUUAACUGAUCAGAUCAGAGCUAUUUCAGAUCAGUUAAUUAAUUAUUUUAAAAAAUCACAUUAAGAUUUUUAAGAAAUGUGAAAAAAACGUCAGACUGCAGAGAGUUAUUGUAGAAAUACCAAAUUAAUCUAAAAAAUCGGGGAAUGUCGAGAUAUUGUUAAUUAUACAUUUACAUACACAUACAACAUUUGAUAUUUCUUGAUUAAAACUAUGUGACGAUGCUUUGUGGCUUACAUAGCUUUCGAUCUACAAUAUUUGGUGAUUUAUGACUUACAUGGUAUUCCUUAUAAAACAUUUUUAUUAAUAUUAAUAUAUGACUUUAUUCACAGCUUCUCUGUCUCCCUUGUCAAAUCAGAAGUUGGGACAAUAGAUGUAAGUACUUGGGGAAAAUUUAAGAAGGUUACGUUUGGGAUGCUUUGGAUGAGUUAACACCAGGGACUUCGUCUGGGUAGAGUGGCGCCUCCAGUAAUAAGCAACGUAACAAGCCGACCAAGUUUUGGUUUUGCCCCCACCCCCCUGAAAAAAAUGAAAUGACGCCCCUGAUAAACAGACUGAGUGACGAGUACACAUACUGAGAUGCUUAAAAUAUGUGAUAACCGGAAUAAUUAACAUACGCAAAAAAAAAUUCAAUUUAACCGAAAUUUAAUUUUGAUAUUUUAUAAAUUGAAAAGAAUUCAUUUAAACGUGUUUCUUUUUCAUAAAUGAAGUGAACGACCAUUAUUUCGACUAAAUCUUGAACUUACAAUGAGUCAUUGCCCCACCCGAUCGGUGGUAUGGGAAAGGCGGUGCAAAGGGGGGGGGGCGAUCGACCCCGGACAAAACUUUUUUUAUUUAUUAUAUGGGGGGGGGGUGCAGAAUUUUCGUCGAAACGGACAGCGUAAACAAAGGGGCGGCAAUAACCCUUGCUAUCCCCACCCGAUCGGUGGUAUGGGAAAGGCGGUGCAAAGGGGGGGGGGGGCGAUCGACCCCGGACAAAACUUUUUUUAUUUAUUAUAUGGGGGGGGGUGCAGAAUUUUCGUCGAAACGGACAGCGUAAACAAAGGGGCGGCAAUAACCCUUGCUACGCCACUUCGUUUGAUUCACACAUGGGCCUUAAGUUACCCUACUGGUUGGCUUGUCGUGAUGUGUUUCAUUUCCGGGUGUACACUUAAGUCUUUGAAACUGUCUGGAAAACCCUAUCCACUCACUCACUCACUCACAAGCAUACACACACGCACGCAUGCAUACACACCUCAGAAAUGUGCAAGCUUGACUCUCCUUAUUGGGUCCAUUCAUGAACGAAAAAACUUUUUAUUAAGAGUACAUAGGGUUGGUGAAGAUCGUUUCCGCUUUCAUAUCAUGUGUUGUUGUUGUCAUGGUUUGGCUGAGUAAACAUGGAUCGGAUGACGUCACCUUGAAUGAAGAGGAAAUAAAUUAUUCAGAGUAAAAGUAUAAAUUUUAUUUUUAAAACUCUAUCAUUGGGUCUGUUAACCCUUCUUAACUUACUGGAAUCGAGUUUAUAAACAACAAACAUGAUUUUGGAAUCAACCCAACGUGAUUAAAAGUAGGCGGCAACCACGGGCGAGCUACUCUGUUUUACAAAAAAAAUUGAACGUAGCCCAUAGGGUUUGUAAUUUCUCGGACCGGAAAACGUCAUAGCGUUACUAUUUUUAGGACGUCGGACAACUAUUUCUUAAAACACGGCAGCUACUAGUGUGGUUCAGCAUAUCGUUCGGACGAUCCGUGUAUCUAGAGUCACUGUUACAUGUGCCGUACGCACAAUGAUGUCCGAUUGCACAAAAGAUAUAUCCUUGAAUAUAGCAAUAGAAGUAAAAACAAAAUUGUGUGAAAUAUUUUGUAAACAAAGUUUAGAUUUAAGUUAAUGGUCUCUUCGCUAACAGAGUAGUACUGAAAAGUGAUGACAUUUUGUCCAACCCGAGUACCCGGAUGAUGACAGCAGUUAUAUUAAAAGCAAUCCGCCACUGAAUGACAUUCCUUAUAGGUUAUGACUUUUCUUGUCCUCAACAAUUUCCAUGUUGCAUUUCUGUUUCACCUUUAGGUAGACCAAAUUCAACAAAUGUUGGAAGUCACCGUCAAUCAAUUCGUUAUCACCUACCUGAACGGUAAGCUUAUGAAUGUCGCCAUUUUGUCGUAAAAUGGUAUUUCUAUAUCAUAAAAUUCUAGCUUAAAAGUUGAAUUCUAAAUUCAGAUUCGUGUCAAUAAUUUGUGUAAAACAUUUUAACGAAAGUUGGGGAAAACAAAUUUAAGAAUAAACCCUUACAAUUUCCAUCACACUAACGUCUUCUUCUACGCUAAACUCUCAUCGGUGGACCAUUGGACGUCAUCAGAGUUGGGCAGUGAAGGCCUGGAGAUACCUCUGGUCAGUGAAGUCUUGUUCCAGAACUCGGUACUGACCCUGUCCAAUGUAAGUUCUGACAGUGCUUAUUUCAAUGCUAUAUUACGUUUAAAUUAGUCAUGACUCAAGUGUAACAAAAAAAUCCGCAACAUACUUUUAAGAGGUUUAAAAGUUGUAACAUUGAGCCAAACACUCAUUUCAUGUCACGUGCAACCACAGACAGUGGCCAGUUUAAUAUAACAUAAACUCAGAGGUUCCCAGAAUGUGAACGGCGGCUCCACCAAAAGACGCUUGUGAGGUUAAAACAUUAAUUUUAAUCUCUUAUAUUAAUGUUGCUUCUGGUGUGUCCUGCUUCCUUUCACAAUCACCCCCCCCCCACUGCACUUGUUUUAUAUUGAUAUUACUGAUUGAAAAAAAGGCUGUCACAUGGCUAGCUGUCAUGCGUGACGUGUGAACUCCUGUAAAAAGGUUGCAUUUUUUUCUUUAAAGGGAGUUGACUCUUAUAUAAAUCAAUAAAGAGUUACGGGUAUGGUGUAAAACUGUCUGUAGGAUAUUUUUUAAAGGCCUGCAGGUACGGCGUAGGACUGUCACAUGAAUAGUCUUCCAAGGCUGGCAUAUAUUAUAGAAAAUGAAAAGUUAAAAAUUUGGCUAACUCUUGAACCCACCGAGUAUGUUCUCAAAAUACCCGGACCCGGUGUAAAAAAACUGCAACCGGGUAAACCUUAGUAAUGUAAUAUCUCACGACGUCCAGCCGACUUGGUGCCAAUCAGCAACUCGCCUAUUAAAAAUUAUGUUUGUAGAGGCUGUCUGUCAACUAAGUUUAACCAUUGUUUAAAGUUUCCUUGAACUUAUUUAGUAACUUAGUGUUCGCAUAUAAAUAGAAGUGAUUUGUAUGCGGUUAUUGCAUAAAUUCGGUUUUUUGAGAUGAUAACAACUCAAUAUUUGUGUAAUAAAGUCAAUUAGAGUUAUUGACGAGUUUUCCUCUUUCGAUUUAAAAAAUAAAAUGAGUAAAACAGAAUAGGGUUAAACCUGAAAAAUUAACGCAACAAAACAGCGAACGUGUCGGCAGAAAGCCUUCGUCAGCGAACAAAACAACAGAAAAAACGGUUAAAAAAAUAAAAAUAAGAAAUAGCACUUAGCUGGUAAGUAGUAUCUGUGGGCAGCAAUAGAAGUGUGGAACCCUUAUUACCCCUUCGAUUUAAAAAAAAAUGAUCGGGUUUUUCUUUGACUAAAUAAUGAGAGUGGAAAUAAAAAUAUCAAAAUUUUGCAGUAUACGUAUUAGAAUUUAACAUGGGCGCCUUUGGGGAAAAACUGGAUAUUGCAAGGGCGCCGUGGUUCAAAACAGUUUGGGAACCUCUCUCAUAUACAUUACCUAAAUGUGACACGACUUCUUAUGGAUUAUGUUGUUUUUAUUUAAAAUUAAAUAACAUCGUCCAUGGCCUUGCUAUCUUCCAUAGCACUACAAGGUUUAUAUUUCAUAGCACUACAAUAUUUAUUCUUCAUAGCACUACAAGGUUUAUAUUUCAUAGCACUGCAAUGUUUAUAUUUCAUAGCACUACAGGAUUUACUCACUAAUCUUUUGAUAAUAAGUUUUCUAUGAUCAGAUUUCCUACAAAAUAUCAUAGUAUAUAAUUAUACAACCUUAAGUAAAGGGUUUGCUGGGCGUAAUGCACAAAUAUUUAGAAGGUUUGUCCUGAGUUUUGUAAGUGCCUAAAACCGGAACUAGUGAAACUUUAAACCGUAGCACUCUCUCGUUCACUCAGUGUUUCACAACAUGGCGGCUCGGAACAAAAAAAGGGGGGGGGGGUCUUAUUUUAUAUAUAUAUAUAUAUAUAUAUAUAUAUAUAUAUAUAUAUAUAUAUAUAUAUAUAUACAUAUAUAUUUAUAAAUUGUGGAAAGGUUUUGAGGGGGUGUGAAUAAGUAUCUGAGAUGGGAUGUGUAUUUACAUAUUUUUUUUUAAGUUGUGGGGAUACUGUUAGACAGGACAGUUCUUAAUGUUAACCACCGCUUUUGUUUAUCGUUCAUAACAGUUUUAAAAACUGCAUAUCCCACAAUGCCUUCUUGUAAGUUUUCAGUUUUAUCCGACAACGUUGAAUAUUGUGGCCUAAAAUGGCUGCACAUUUUAAUUACAAACUUUCCGUUGGAGACCUCUUUAGUCUUUUUUUUUUUUUCUUAAAGAACUUCCACAACAGGCUUAGACAAAUUGUGUAUGUGGGGAGGGGGGAGGAGGAUAAAUAUUUGCAAGUGCUCUGGUGAGGAGUGGGACCAAGAAAAAUUGAGAACCACUUCUUUAACGACUUAACUUGGUUUUUUUUUUUUUUACAUAUCACAUGACACAGGGAGUCGUUGUCAUCGGCACUGAUGUCAUCUACCACCAUGGAUAAAACAACAAAAACAUCUUCAACGGAUUUCAAGCUGACAGCUCGUAGCCCCAUUUCCUGACCACUAUGUCAAUGACGUGUCACAGCCUGGACAGAAUAGUCUUGUAUAAAACUAAUUAUAAGAUGCUCACAAUAUGCUAUUACAUUUAUAAUCUCUUGUAUACAUUUUUUUUCUUGUGGUGUGGCAGCUUCCUUUUCACAACAGGCCCUUCCCCUUCUCAGCAAGUUUUAUAUCAAUGAUACUUAGGGGUUGUUUUUGCUUGGUUUUUUUUUGGUUGGGGGGGGUGGUUGUCAUCAAGCAGCAAGAGCCAUACUUGGAGAUUAAAUUCAGAGAUCGGAAGACUCAGGCCCUUCCCCUUCUCAGCAAGUUUUAUAUCAAUGAUACUUAGGGGUUGUUUUUGCUUGGUUUUUUUUUGGUUGGGGGGGGGGGGUUGUCAUCAAGCAGCAAGAGCCAUACUUGGAGAUUAAAUUCAGGUAAGAAGACAGAAUUUUUUUUAAGGCGACUGUUAUUUUAAUCAACAAAGUACCAUGAGAAGAAUCCAGCAGUGUCUGUAGGGCUGUCUGUAUGAUUAAUGUUUAAAGAAAAUGAGAAGCUAAGUAGUUUUUUUUUUUGUGUAACAUUUGGACACACCACUUGGACCCACCACUUGUACCCACCACUUGGACCCACCACUUGGACCCACCACUUGGACCCACCACUUGGACCCACCACUUGGACCCACCACUUGGACCCACCACUUGGACCCACCACUUGGACCCACCAAUUGUACCCACCACUUGGACCACCACUUGGACCCACCAAUUGGACCCACCACUUGGACCCACCACUUGGACCCACCGGUGUAAAAAAAACAACAACUGCCCCCGCUUAAGCCCUAGUAUGGAUUGUUUGAAAGCAUUUCACAGUGUCGUACAAAUGUGUGCUCAGUUGUUAAGAGUAUCCGACAAACAAGUAGUCGUCUGGUGUGUUGUGAAAUAAUUAUAUUAUUGAUAUUAGGUUGGAACAAAAAGUCAUUCGAUAUUUCUAUUUUACAAGUUAAUUUCCUUUUAUUGGAGAGUAUCAAGUCGUUCUGAGUUAUACGAUAAAAGCAUGAAUUACGUAAUAAAGUUUUG